AGUUAGCAGGGACUUUUUUUUUUCCCUGCUGCGAAUUUUUUUUUCUGUUUCUUUUUGCCUUACAUUCUAUACACCAUGUUCCUUCGUCCUACCGCCAUCUUAUCUGCUGCUUCCAGAGCAGCUGCUGUUCAACGUCGUGUUGUUGCUCCUGCUGUUUUCUCUCGUAUGUACGCUUCUCUUCCUAAGGAAGAUGUCCAAUCUCGCGUUCUUGACGUUGUCAAGAGUUUUGAAAAGGUCGAUGCUGUCAAGGUGACACCUGAGUCCAGCUUCAUUAAGGAUCUCGGUUUGGACAGUUUGGAUACAGUUGAAGUUGUCAUGGCCAUUGAAGAAGAAUUCUCUGUUGAAAUUCCCGAUAAGGAUGCCGAUGCUAUCCACAGUGUCAAGCAAGCCAUUGACUACAUCACUUCUCGUGAAGAUGCUCAAUAAAGUC